AUGGCAUCUGCCGUUUCGCUAUCGUUUAGGUGGUUAGAUAUUUUGGAGAAGGAGUUUGACAAAUCUUUUGUCGAUUUGGAUUUGUUGUUGGGGGAUGUUGACCCGGAUCAGUGUGACAUCACUUACGAUGGCCGACAAAAAAUGACUGCUCUCAGUGCGGCCUUCGCCCAGCUGAGUCACAAAGCCCAAACUAUUUUUCAAUCUAAUGCCAAAUUGGAGGCCCAGUUAUUAGAUCUAAAAAGUGAUCUAGUAGAGGAGAAAGCAAACAGAAUUGUCCUGGAAAAAGAAGUGGAAAAUCUGAUCUUACAGUUACACUCCGCCAAAUGCCAAUUACUCAACCAAACUGAGAACAGUGACGAGUCUGGAAAGAUUAAAAAAACUUUGGAAGAGGAAUUAGAGCGUUGCAGGGCAGAGAGGCUAGAAUCAGAAAUAUGGAAAGCUGAAGUGAUGGAGCAGAGAAAAGAGAUAUCAGACUUGAAACAGUACAUAGUUGCUCUGCAAGGUGAGGUCUAUGGAGCCAGGCUGGCCGCCAAAUAUCUUGAUAAAGAGCUUGCCGGAAGAAUUCAACAAAUCCAACUACUUGGUCGAGAUAUGAAGGGCUCUGAGCAUGACAAGCUGUGGAACCAGCUUGAGGCAGAAAUUCAUCUACACAGACACAAAACUGUGAUCAGGGCAUGUAGAGGGCGCUCUUCUAAACAGAAAAAAUGCCCCCAGCCCUCUGGACAUGACUUCCAAUCGUUGAAGAGAAGGCAGGGCAUAGGAAAUAUCAGACUUGUUCAUCUGUACAAGUCGCCAGAGGAGGGACUAGGCAUAUCAAUCACUGGGGGCAAAGAACACGGGGUACCAAUCUUAAUCUCGGAGAUCCACGCGGACCAACCUGCCCACCGUUGUGGUGGCCUCUUCAUCGGUGACGCCAUUCUUUCCGUGAAUGGUGUUGAUCUGCGAUCUUCCAAACAUGCUGAAGCUGUCCAAAUACUCUCACAACAACAUGGAGACAUCGAGUUGGAGGUUGUCUUUGUAGUUCCUGAUGAAGACAGCGAUGAUGAAGAUCACGACUAUGAGGAUGAAAAUGGUUUCAGAUAUCGUAUCUAUGACGACCACAUAAUUAAUGAGGGCGCCAAUCCAGCUCACAUUGUUCAGACGGCCAGUACAAAUGUCCCAGCCAAUCACGUCGAUCCAUCCAUUUGUUUGGACACAUCGACAGCUGGGACAUCAGCCAAUGAGAAUCGUUCUACCAUGUGGUAG